AUGGCGGAGGCUGUGUCUGGCUCCCGCUCUCUCAGCCAUUGCGGUACAUUGAGCUCCACAGAGACGGCGCCGGGGCAAGUGCGAGCUGGACGGGCACUGGACGACUCUGUGCUGGCUGAGGAAAAGUCAUUAAACUUAGGCAAAGGAGAUCCUAAGGAGCCGAGAGGCAAAAUGUCAUCAUAUGCUUUCUUUGUGCAAACUUGCUGGGAGGAGCACAAGAAGAAGCACCCACAUGCUUCAGUCAACUUCUCAGAGUUUUCUAAGAAGUGCUCAGGGAGGUGGAAGACCAUGUCUGCUAAAGAAAAAGGAAAAUUUGAAGACACGGCAAAGGCGGACAAGGCCCGUUUUGAAAGAGAAAUGAAAACUUACAUUCCUCCUAAAGGGGAAACAAAAAAGAAGUUCAAGGAUCCCAAUGCACCGAAGAGGCCUCCUUCGGCCUUUUUCUUGUUUUGUUCUGAGUAUAUUGCCCAAAAAAUCAAAGGCGAGCAUCCCGGCCUAUCCACCGGUGAUGCUGCAGAGAAGCUGGGAGAGCUGUGGAACAACACCACUGCAGAUGACAAGCAGCCUGAUGAAAAGAAGGCUGCUAAGCUGAAGGAGAAAUACAAAAAGGAUAUUGCUGCAUACCGAGCUAAAGGAAAGCCUGAUGCUGCAAAAAAGGGAGUUGUCAAGGCUGAAAAAAGCAAGAAAAAGAAGGAGGAGGAGGAAGAUGAAGAGGAAGAAGAGGAUGAGGAGGAGGAAGAUGAAGAAGAUGAAAAUGAAGAUGAUGAUGAUGAUGAAUAAGUUGGUUCUAGCACAGUUUUUUUUCUUGUCUAUAAAGCAUUUAACCCCCCUGUACACAACUCACUCCUUUUAAAGAAAACAAAUGUGUAAGAUUUGUUUUUAAACUGUACAGUGUCUUUUUUUGUAUAGUUAACACACUACCGAAUGUAUCUUUAGAUAGCCCUGUCCUGGUGGUAUUUUCAAUAGCCACUAACCUUGCCUGGUACAGUGUGGGGGUUGUACACUGGCAUGGAAGUUUAAAGCAGGUUCUUGUUGGUGCAUAGCACAAGUUAGCUAUAUAUGGGGAUGGUAGUUAUUUCAUCUUCAGUUGUCUCUGGUGCAGCUUAUACAAAAUAAUUGUUGUUCUGUUAACUGAAUCUCACUCUGUAAUUGCAAAAAAAAA